CAUUAUCUGAGAGUUGUAUUUCCGCUUCCUGUGUUUUUCUCUUGCACGUGUUUUAUGUUUUCCUAGACGGUGUUCUCCUAUAGAGGGUUUGUACGAAUACGACCGCCGUCAUGUCAGAUUCAGACUCUUCAGAUUAUGAGAGCAUGGACACUGAUGAAGAGCUCCAGGCAGCUUUUGCCAGCGGUAAACUAAAACCAGGCUUAAAUGUGGUUGCAGAACAGCCAAAAACAUUCAUCAAGGACACAGAGGGCAUGGAGACAAAGCUACAUGCUUUCCAACAAAAUCUGGACUGGAUAGAAAGACUAGACUUGACAAAUGAACCAGCUCCCCCUCCACCAGGAACAGACUUUGUCGGCGAAGAUGAUGUAAAUGACGACUUUAGGAGGGAAAUGAAAUUUUACUGCCAGGCUCAGGCAUCGGUUGUGAAAGGUAUGGCCAAGCUUCAUGAUUUGGGAGUGCCCACCAAGAGACCGGAGGACUAUUUCGCUCAGAUGGCCAAGUCAGAUGACCACAUGAAGAAGGUCCGAGAAAAACUGCUUGAGAAGCAGAUUGGUAUGGAACGAUCUGAGAAAGCAAAGAAAAUGAGGGAUCUCAGGAAGUAUGGUAAAAAGGUGCAAACAGAGGUUCUGCUACAGCGACAGAAAGAGAAGCGAGAGAUGCUACAAUCUGUUAAAAAAUACAGGAAAGGUCAGUUGAACAAACUAGACUUCCUGGAUGAUGUGGAGAAGGCUGAAGGGAAGAGGAAGCAGCCAACAUUACAGAACUUGGACAAGAAGAGGAAUCAACCAAACAAAAAACGCCAGUUCAAGAACAAUAAGUUUGGAUUUGGAGGUCAGAAGAAGAGGUCGAAGUACAACACUAAGGACAGUGCAGCUGAUGUAUCUGAGUUUGCUGGAGCAAAACAAAGUGGAAAGUACGGAAAGAAGCCAAAGAAAAGUGGGAGACCAGGGAAGUCCAAGAGGAUGAAAAUGAAGAACCGAAAGAGAUAGCUUCUGUAUACCUGUCAUAUUUUGUAAAUAAAUGUGUAUUCAUA